AGAAUUUGUAGAGAGUCUCCCUACAACCUAACUAAUUUACCUGUCUUUAACUUACCUACUUAAAUCCGCCUAUUCUUUGUUUGCAAAAAAAAUCCUUACAUCAUAUGCAGUAUUCAGAUUAUUUUGCGGGUCUCAAGGGCGAAGGUACUAGGAAAAAACCUGUUUGUGGCUUGCGCCCAUAUUUGUUGAGAAAAAAUUAUUUCUUCGAAAAUAUCGAGAUAUUGUGAACUCUUUGGUAUUGCAAACCACAUGGGCUAUGAAAACCCAAACGAAGGCGUACAAGUCAAUGGAAGCCUACAAUUUUGUUUCUGGCUGGGUGAAUACUAUUUGCAUACGAUAUGUUGAUACCGAUAGUAUUUUGGCAGAAAAUGUGGAACUGUUAUUACUGCCCGUUAUGAUUGUAUGGUAGGAUUAUGUGAGGGGUGCUCCCAUGUUGGGGCAGUACUUUUUGCUGCGGAGGCAGGUGUUAGGAUUAGAGAUUCUAGCACCUGCACACAGGAAAUGAACAAAUGGCUUCUUCUAUGUCGUGUGAGAGAAAUCCCAUAAUUACCGGUCAGUGAGAUGGAUUUUACAUCUGCUAAAAAGAAGCACGAGUUGAUGGUGGAGAAACAGGUUACUCCUAUGGCUACUAGAUCAAACUUUGGUAUCCACACCACCAGGACACCUGCACCAACCCCAGAAGAGCAAAAAAAAGUUUUUUCAAGUAUUUCUGGCUCUACAGUAAAACUAGCAGUCCUUUCCCUUGUCACACCAUUUAAUGACCAAUAUACUUGUAAAGAAAUUGAUAAUGCACUCAAGCCCCUACCUGAUAGCUUCUUUAAAGAAGAGUGUAUUGAGUCAGAGUACACAAAGUUCCUGCAGCAGUGUUAACAAAUAUCACUUAUAGUUACACCCAUUGAGUGUCAAGCAAUGGAAGCUUCAACCAGAAAGUAGCCUGCAGUGCAGGCGUCUUAUCAGUGCAAGCUAACGUUAUAAGCUUGUGAUCGUUUAUCCAACUGUCCAUGUUUGAUUUGCAGUUAGAGUGAACAGUGGGGGUAGGGGGC